AUGUGCUCUGAGCGCAGUGGGCAGCAGGAGGACUCAGCUGCCCCAGGCGCCCAGCUCUCCCGAGAGACUCGGCUGGACAAGCUGGAAGAGGAGGGGCAGGAGGCCAACCCGGGCAGGGAGGAGGUGGCUGCCUGGCCCCCAAGGGUGAGGGUCUGUAGGCCUGGAGCCUGUCUCCCCGCCACCCUGGCGCGCCUGCCGGGCCGCCUGGGGCAGCUGAGACCCUGGAAAAAGGCAGGGUGCUGCGUGGAGCUGCUGCUGCUGCUGCUGGCUGGGGAGCUGCCCCUGGGUGGCGGCUGCCCGCGGGACUGUGUAUGCUACCCAGCGCCCAUGACAGUCAGCUGCCAGGCACACAACUUUGCUGCCAUCCCCGAGGGCAUCCCCGAGGACAGCGAGCGUAUCUUCCUGCAGAACAACCGCAUCAGCCUCCUCCGGCAGGGCCAUUUCAGCCCUGCUAUGGUCACCCUAUGGAUCUACUCCAACAACAUCACCUUCAUUGACCCCAACACGUUCGAGGGCUUUGUGCACCUGGAGGAGCUGGACCUUGGUGACAACCGGCACCUGCGGACACUGGCACCCGAGACCUUCCAGGGCCUGGUGAAGCUUCAUGCCCUCUACCUCUAUAAGUGCGGGCUCAGUGCCCUGCCAGCGGGCAUCUUUGGCGGCCUGCACAGCCUGCAGUACCUCUACCUGCAGGAAAACCACAUCGAGUACCUCCAGGACGACAUCUUUGUGGACCUGGUCAACCUCAGCCACCUGUUUCUCCAUGGCAACAAGCUAUGGAGCUUGGGCCAGGACACCUUCCGGGGCCUGGUGAACCUGGACCGGCUGCUGCUACAUGAGAACCAGCUGCAGUGGGUCCACCACAAGGCUUUCCACGACCUCCGCAGGCUGACCACCCUCUUUCUCUUCAACAACAGCCUCACGGAGCUACAGGGCGACUGUCUGGCCCCCCUUGGGGCCCUGGAGUUCCUCCGCCUCAAUGGGAACGCCUGGGACUGUGGCUGCCGGGCACUCUCCCUGUGGGAAUGGCUGCGGAGGUUCCGAGGCUCCAGCUCUGCCGUCCCCUGCGUGUCCCCUGAGCUGCGGCAUGGCCAGGACCUGAAGCUACUGAGGGCCGAGGACUUCCGGAACUGCACAGGGCCAGCGUCCCCACACCAGAUCAAGUCACACACGCUUACCACCACCGACAGGGCCGCCCGCAAGGAGCACCACCCACCCCACGGCUCCGCCAGGGACAAGGGCCACCCACACGGCCAUCUGCCCAGCUCCCGACCAGGCUACAAGAAGCCAGGCAAGAACUGCACCAGCCACAGGAACCGCAACCAGAUCUCUAAGGCGGGCACCGGGAAACAGGCCCACGAGCUGCAGGACUAUGCCCCCGACUACCAGCACAAGUUCAGCUUUGACAUGAUGCCUACGGCACGACCCAAGAGGAAGGGCAAGUGUGCCCGCAGGACCCCCAUCCGUGCCCCCAGCGGGGUGCAGCAGGCCUCCUCUGGGAGUUCCCUGGGAGCCUCGCUCCUGGCCUGGAUACUGGGGCUGGUGGUCACUCUCCGCUGAGGACCCAGGGCGCCAGCACCCAGCACUGCCACAUGUUCACCAAGGAACAGAAUUUCUUUUCUUCUUUUUUUACUAGGGGAGGAUUUGCUGGGUUUCAGGAAAAGGCUCCUAAAGGCUUUGGCUGUUGUCUGGACCCUGCCCAGUGGAUUAUAAAUCCGAAGUGUACAGCCCUAGGCGGGAGGGGAUUAGUACAUCUCACCCAGCUGUCCCAGCCAGCUCUCACUGAGCACCCACAGACAGCAUCCACUCCAGCAAGGAGGCAAGAGGCACACUAAGUGGAUCCUUCAUGAGCAACAAUGGGACAGUCACCUCUCACGGGAGCUGGGCUCCCUGGAAUCCUGACCAUUUGGAGAGGUCUGAAGGGCCCUGCUAUUCCUGGAGGAAGCAGGACUCAGAUAAGAACAAACAGCUCACCUAAGAGGCUGGGUCGACCAGCAGUCUGGGAGCACAUGAGCAGGUGGCAUUGCGGCUCUUGCCUGAGGCCACUUAAUCAACCUGCCCUGAAUCCAUCCCUAUGCCACCUUAAGUCCCUCCCUUGGGGGUAACGCCUCUCAUUCCUGAUGUCUCAGGCAUCCCUGGCAGACACAGGCCCAGCUGCUGGGGUCCAAGAACAACUUACCAAAGGAAAGAUCAUCAGAGGCUGAAACUUAGAACUUCAUCACAUGCAGUGAGGUUCUCCCAGAAGGUGCAGUUUUAUAACUAUGUCCACUUAUAUAUAUACACACUCUACAUAUAUAUAUAUAUACAAAUGCACAGGUCCCCCGCCCCACUCCAUUACCAAACUGUAUGUCUUAUGUUUAUAAACUAUACAGAGAACUGUAUCUGCUGGACUAAGGAUUGUAUUGGUGAUUUCUAGCAAGAAAAAAGUUAUAGAAUUUUUGUCUAGAAUCCCAACUUGACAGCAAUGGUCCCCAUGUAACCUGGGCUUCCAUGGGCCUGGGGCAAGGUUCAGUGGGGAGAAUUAAGGAGAAGGGGAGGCAGCAAGAAUCACUUCAGAAGACCAACAUUCUUAGAUAUUUAGAGCAUCACCUUGUUUUCAUAUGUAACACAAGCCUGUCUGUCACCCUGGAGCACCCCAGCACCCCUCCUGUACUCACUGUUGGCUUCAGGAUGAGAGGUGAGAAGCCGCUUGUCAAAUGUCAGGGAGCCAAGGCCCGGGGGUGAGGUGGCCAGAUGAGAAGGGGAAGGAAGGGACUUUGGGCUUCUCAAGCCAGCAGGCGAGGCCGUAUCCACAGUGUUAGUCCAACAGGUUGGACAGUGUCGUCAGCCUCGCGUUUUGCAAGGGAUGGUCUAGACAGGCCAGGGAGACUCUGGGCAUGAGCCCAGGCCUCCAGCUGGGCUCAGCUGCUAAACUUUUCCUGAGGCUCUUUGGUAAGCGACCUGGCAAGGGCCCUGUGGAGGGUGGCAGGAGGGAAGCAUCAGGUGGCCUUAGCAGAAGGAGGACGAUGGGCAUUUCGAGAACUGUCUCAGGCACUUCUGCAGGAUGGAGGCCCUAUCCCUCCUGGCCCUUCUGGAGAUGCCCCAGGACAGGCAGAAGUCAGGAGGCCAGACUCAGGGGUCAGAGGCGGGGACAGGAAGCAUGCAGGGACUGGAGCAGGCAAGCCCAGACAGGGGAGGGGGCUCCAUCACAGUCCACCGUGCUGCCGGCCAGGGGCCCAGGCAGCACAGUCUCCUCUGCGCUUUGCACAAACCCGAAUCCCCCACCAGAGAGGACAUGUGUGAGGAGCAAGAAACACUGAAUCCAAUUAAGAGAGGAAAAUGAUAAUAAUAAAAAAAUUCUCUUGGACAAGAA